AUGCAUAUCCUGGAAAUUGGCGCUGAACAAGAAGAAGAGGGCGGACAGGCGCGAACGGUACCUCCUGAGGCCGCCUUCCGCACCGUUCCUCGAGACUACACCACUUUUCUUAUAUGGAGAGUCACGGAAUUGGGAACUGAGCUUCUGCCGCGAUCACAUUAUGGCACGUUCUAUGAUGCUGACGCAUAUUUGGUCUACUCCUGCUCGCUUCCAGGUCAACCUGCUGGACCCGACGUUAUUCGUCGUGAAAUAAAGGAAAACGGGAAUGGUGAUUGCGCAGAACGUCACGUGCACGCUUGGUCCAGCGAGCGCAGCGCGUCGCUGGCGGCGUUAGCUCUGCGACGCGCCACGCAACUCCUGACCCACAUCGGCAGCCCACUCGUGCUGCAUAGAGAAACUGCUACCAAGGAGUCACCUCGAAUGCUCUCAUAUUUUCGCGAUGGCAUAAGGAUUCUUCGUAGCGGCUCUUUGAAUGGCGGUGCACGGCUAUAUCGCGUGCGUGGACACAGGCCGGUGGUGCUGCAGCUAGAGCCGGUGUCAUGGGUUCAGCUCUCUUCUGACGGCGUUUUUGUUUUAGAUGCCCCCAAUCUAAUCGUUUUAUGGCUGGGACGUGCUGCUAACCUGAUUGAAAAAAUUUUUGGUGCCAAGAUCGCUUAUCGUAUGGCGCGUGGACCAGAAAAAUGUAUGAUGGUUCGUCGUAUCGCAAUAGCCCACGAUGGGUAUGAGCAAACAUUACCAGUGGCUGAUCGUGAACUCCUUAACGACCUGCUCGAACUCCGAGCUCGCUCCGUGCGCCCUCCGCCUCCUCUCUCUGAGACUCCUCGAUCUGCGAGACUCUACAAAGUCACACAACCUCCAAGAAUUUCACCUAUCGCCAUGCCUUCGCAAAAACUAGCUGCGCGUUUAGAAGAAAUUAAACGUGCUCCUCUAUAUAGAGAAGAUCUACGAGAUGAUAGCGUGUAUAUUGUCGAUGGCGGGAGCCGUGGUGUGUGGGCGUGGGUGGGGGCGGGCGCGUCGCCCACGGACGGGCGCGGGGCGCUGGCGGCCGCGCGCGGGCUGGCUCGAGCGAAGCGGCUUUCCGGACCAGUAGCGACUAUGACGGCUGGCCGUGAGCCGCUGGAAUUCGCAGCGCUGUUCCACAGAUGGCAUUGGGCAGACUCUCGGCGGGAUAUACGCGUGCGCGCCGCCCGCUCUGCCACUACCAAACUUGACGCUGUUAGUCUUGUUUCUAACGCAUGGCUCGCUGCUGAAGCACAAUUGCCUGACGACGGGUCGGGUUCGCUGCGCAUGUGGCGCGUGAGGCCUGAAGAAUACUCACUACAGGAAUUGGAGCGACCGCAGCAAGCAGUCUUCUACGAUCAAGAUUGUUACAUCGCUCUAUACACCUAUCACGCCCCCACUGGGGAUCAGACCAUAUUGUACUAUUGGAUGGGUGGCUCUUCGCCAAAUGAGCUGAGAAAUUUGGGUGUAAAAGAAGCCAAAGAUCUUUACAUAAAAUUAGGGCGUCUUCCUAUCCAGGCUUGGAUUUAUCAAGGCAAGGAGCCGGCGCACUUCUUACAAAUCUUCAAAGGCCGGAUGAUUACCUACAUUGGCCGUGCCACUGACUAUGAUCCAAGUGGCCGUCGCGUGGUGCCGCCUGCGCGCGCGCUUAUCCACGUGUCGGGGCAGUACGCGCGGGAGGCGCGCGGCGCGGAGGUGGCGCGCGGGGAGGGCGCGGGGGAAGGGGCGUGCUACGUGCUGCGCGAGGGCGCGCGCGUGUGGGUGUGGUGCGCCGCCAGCGCCACCGGCGACGAGCGAGAGGUCGCUAAGAACAUGGCGGCCGCGGAUCACACGCUUGUCAUGCAGGGAAAGGAAAAGUCUGAUUUUUGGUCAGCAUUGGGUGACAGACGGUUGCUGCUGCAACCCUCUCCCUUGAAAGAAGUGGAACGCCCAUUACCACCGCGUUUGUUCUAUGUUUCGUUUGGAGCAGCAGGCCAAUAUUCAUUCGAAGAAAUAAUCUCAUUCAGCCAGUACGACCUGGCGCCGGAGAUGGCGGCGGUGCUGGACGCGCACGCCGCCGUGUUCGUGUGGCUCGGCGCGCACUGCGGCGCGCGCGCCCGCGACGACGCGCGCUCUGUAGCGCUGUCUUAUCUAACGCAUGAUCCUGCAGCGCGAGAUCCUGAAACACCCAUAAUAGUAAUAAGCCAAGGCCGUGAACCACCGAACUUCACUGGAUUCUUUCCGCACUGGAAAAAUUCUAUGUGGAAGAGUCACAAAACAUUCAGUGCGAUCGUAAGUGCACUCGAAGGAAAAGCUAUCGUCCGUGGCAGUACAAGUUCGUUGCAAAGCGGAAACUCUGAAAAUCGUUUUGACCAGCACGAGAAAUACCCGCUAUCCGUACUACGCGGACCAAAGGAGCACAUGCCCUCGGAUGUCGAUCCUCUUACGAAGGAACUUUAUUUAACUCACGAUGAUUUUGUGUCUACUUUCAACAUGACCUACAACGAGUUCCGGUCAUUAACCUCGUGGAAGCAAAAGGAAUUAAAAAAAUCUGUAGGAUUAUUU